ACUGUGCUCGUGGUAAUAAUUUUGAUAAUGAAAACAAACCAGUUAUUGGUUGACUUGACAGCUGACAAAAGAAGUGAAUUGAUUUUUCGAAAAUGUCUUUAACAAACAAGAUUUCUAUGCUUCUAUCCCGACCGGGAGACAACAAUGUCCAGAAAGAUGACGUUCCCUGGUGGAUGCGCUACGGCGGUCGAGCCCUGGGCACAGUUGGCAGUUUCAUUGCCAUAAUCCUGGGGCUGCUGAACGUGGCGGGCAUCAUCUUGCUGGACGUGAAGUGCCUGAUCGCUGGCAUCUGGCAGAUGCUCGCCGGCUUCGUGGUGAUCGUUGCGGAGGCGCCGUGCUGCUGCUUCUUUAUAGACUACGUGCAGACGCUCUCCGACAAUAUAGAGUCGAGGCCUUACUGGAAUAAGGCCGCCUUGUAUAUUGGGUUGUCCCUGCCCCCGUUCUUCCUCUGCUUCUUCAGUGUGAGCACAUUCCUCGGCAGCGGUUCGAUCUUCGCCACGGGCAUCAUAUACGGCAUGAUGGCUCUGGGCAAAAAAGCAUCAAUAGAGGACAUGAGGACGUCGGCGGCGAACCUGGAGGCGGGGCUGGGUCAGCCGACGACGGCGCCGCGCGCCACGCUCGUCACCAACGAGCAGCCGGUCAGCUUCACCGGCGCGCCGCUCCCGCACUGACCGCCGUCGCCGCCGCCGCCGCCGUGAGUCUCUUCAAUUGUUAUGCUCUCCUGGUACCAGAUUGUUCAUGUGUAGUCAACUUUACUCACCGGCGCCUGUGUCGAACACUGACCGUCGCUGCAACUGCUCGCGCCGUGAGUCUCUUCAAUCGUUAUGCUCUCCUAGUACCAGAUAUGUAAUCAGCAAAUAAAAAAAAAAGUUACAAAAUUCCUGAAAAUACGCUCACAACUAAUCCCCUUACUGUAAAAUCAGAGGUCGACCUGCCAUUGUGGUGAGCGUCGCUAUACCCCCUAAUUACUGUAAUAACUAACAACUAUGGGGCAAACCGAAUUAUUAUACAUUAAUAAUCCAAUUUGAUAAAUAUUCUUGAUUAUUGAUCAUUUUAAUGAAAUUAAUUAUAUAAAUUACUAAAAUUAUGAUAUAUAAAUAAUAUGUUUUUAUCCUGGCAACUUUUUAAUUAACAUUUUUAAACUAUAGUUCAAUAAUGAAAUAAAGCAUAAUUUAGUUUGCCAUUCUAAGUUGUAUAAAAAAAAAAAAUUGUCAAUCUCAGACAAGGUUAAUGGUUUUUAUAUAAUUGUAAAAAUAUUCAGAUCACUGUGUCUAUUUUUGGCAUUUCAUAGUUUUAUUGUAAAAUGUCUUCGGAGACAUUUGUAAAAGUUGAGUUUGACCGGUGAAUGUUGCAGGUGUGUGUGGAAUCCUCAUAAUAUGUAUACAGGUUAUUAUUUAAAUGCAUAAUAAUUUUACAUUAGUAAGAUUUAGUUUUAAGAUACAAUUUAUAUAUUUUUAUUGUGGAAUUAAUCAUUAUUGAUUUACAAAAAUGAACAGGUAAAUUGGACCAAACCAAUUGAAGUCUCUUCCAAACCUAUUAAAUAACGUAUUGAUAAAAUAUUUCCAGGGUACAUUAUUUUAUUUACAACGAAAUUAGUGUUUAAUUGUACCAGAUUUGUAUGAAAGAUUUCAUGAACGCUCAGACGUUAUUGUUAGUCCCAUCUCGAUUUUACUCUGUCCAUGGAAUUAUGACUAUUGUUUAUAUAAAUAUUUCUGGUGGUUUGUAUAUUUUCAUCUGGUAUUUUGGAGAGCUGAUAUUGUAUGUAUGUAAAUGCACAUUUUGGACACAUGAAAAUGUAUGUAUGUAUGUAUGUCUUUGAUGACCGUUUUUUUUUUUUUCUUUCAAUGCGAACAUUUCCAAACAUUCCUUGUAGUUUAGGUGACGUGUUGCCAGCGUCGCGUGAACUAAUGUCCUCCAAUAUGUAGAAAUAGUAUUGCCAAAUUAUACAGUUUAGUUUCACAAAUAGAUAAUAAUAAUUGGGUUAUACUAUGUUAUAUUUAUAUAUAAAAGAAAAAAAUCAUAAGAUAGUCAAUGUAGUAAAAUGUUGUGUUUAUAGCGUAGACAUGUUGCUAAUAGUAAAAUUAUACAUGUUACCAUAUCUUAUAAUAAUAUCAUAACAGAGGCUUAAAGUUUGCUAGAUGAUUGUGUUCUGUAAGCUGAUGACUAUACAGACGAAAUUUGAUUACAUGUACGACAGUCGAGUGCAGAGUGAUUAUAUUUUUUUUUAUAAUAAAUUAUCAGAUAUACAAUAUGGACUGAGAACAUGCAAUAAACAGGUAUAUUUUGGGUCCUAGUUUACAAUUCAAUUGAUACCAAGUUAUAUAAAUUUUUAAUUUUUUUUUAUUCCUCUGAGGUGGCAUAAUAAUUAAUACAUAAUAAUUUUAUUUUAACAUAUUUUUCCUGUUAGUAAGCGAAGUUGAAGCAUUUGUUUAUUGUUAUAAUAAAAAAAACUACUGUCAAACUCUAGUUCAUACCACAGAUAUGGGUUUAAAUAUAUUAUCACAGUCUAAAGAACUCUAACUCCUUACACUGUGAUAUCAUUGUGUACUUUGCAUGUCAAUUUUCAACCCUAAAUUAAGCUAUACAUAAAUUUAUAAUUUACUCUGGCAACAUUCAAUAAAAUAUAUAUAUUAGAAAAAAAAACAACUUUGUACACUAAAGUACUUUCGAAAGGGUUUGUGCGAUGUACAAUUAUUUAUUUUAAUUGUAGAUAUUAAAAGAAAAAAAGUGUACCUAAAUUAUAAAAUUUGGCGGGAAAUCUGACAUAAUUACUCGUAAUGUCAAAUAGGACGCGUUCGCGAUCCGAAAUAAUUAAGAACACAUUAAUUUUACACGCAUAAUAUUAUAUACAUAUUAAUAAACUAUAUUUUACUAAGUUUCUAAUUGCAAUGGCUGUUGUUAGUUUUUUUAUAAGUUGAGUAUGAUUGCGUUUCGAGUAUAUUUAAGAACGGACUGCUUAUUACUUUUUUUUUUUUUUUUAAUAAAAUUAUCGUGCACAUUAUAAAGUUAAAGAAUCGCUUUCUAAGAGUAUCAUAUCGUUUUAAUAUUUUUAUAUCAAUUUCGUCAUUAAUCAUUGAUUAUUUUAAUAAAAUAGGAUUAGUGAUAUUAUUUUAGUUAAUGUAAAUCUAUAUGUUCUUUUAUUAAUGAACGGACGCGUAGACUACUGAACUAGUAAUGAUAAAACUUUGCAUAAUAACAGAACUAUAAAUUCAUAUACGCUAAAUAUGUUGGUCUCAUAUAUUGUUUAUAUUAUUUAGGCCAAUUGUUACUUAUGCUAUCGAAUAAAUUUGAUUGUAUGAAUCGAGUCGACACAAACAUGUCUAUCAAUUUUGAUUUUUGUAAAAAUUAUGCGCCUAUAAUAUGAACAUUAAGUAAAUGCAUUUGUUUUUGUGGUGCGUAUAUACCGUGUGUAAAUUAGAUAGUGAAAUAUAUUGAUAUUAGAAUGAAAUGAAACAUAUUUUCAAUGUGUUGUAUGCAAACGAAAUUGGAAUGACAACUGUGAAGUUUGCUUCUACAGUAGAGGUGGUCUGAAAGAGCUUAGAUAAGGAACAUGUUCGAAAAUAACAAUCUGCUCUGAAAUAACGGCUUUUGCAAAAUAACAGUCUAUUCCGUUAUAACGUAAUGUUAUAUUGCAACACCGUUUCAACAUACUGUUUAGCGCAGUGAGUAGCUGCUAUCUAUCCCUUUCUAACAUAAGUUAACUCUAUAUGCUAGAUACUAGAAGAGCAUGUUCCGUUUAACACAACAGGCAGGGGAUAGUUGCUAUCUCUUUCUAACAGGUAUUACGGUUUCAACGGACAAGUGUUGAAUUGGUAUUUUUUGAAACCUGUUGUUUUUGACAGUUCUGAUGCAUAUGUCUCGCCUCUAUUUUACAGUAUGUUUUAUAGUCUAAUGAACUAUGUAUUUCACACGUGUAGCAGUAGGCUACACGUGUGAAAGUGUCGCCCUCUGGUGUCAAAUCAAGUCAAGACAGUAUGUGUCUAUUGAAGAGAGCGACAAUCUUUUAAAGGAACCGAAUGUGUAUUUCGCCAACUUAGAGGUUCAAACCGCAGCCAGGCGUUGACCGACUGCGUUAACACCGAUUGUAAAAUGUAACUGAAAUUAUUUUUACUUAUUUAAUUAACUGAUUAAUUUAUUAAUACUAAAACAGUGGCAGAAUACGCUUGGUUUAUAUGAAAUUAUUUAGUCGUAUAUAUAUAUAUAAAUGUAUGUAUACAUUCCAAAAUGUACUGAGAGUUUGGUCUCAUUUUUCUUUAAACUUAUACGCGUUUUGUUCAUAUUUCAAAAUUAAGUAGAUAUUGAAUAUGUGAUUUAGUCUUUUCUCAAUUGUAAUAAGAUUCAUAUUGCUCCAACAUCUUGAGUGACUGUUCAGUCGCGUUCGUUACAUUUAUAAUGAUUGUAGACCAUUUCCUUUAUUACUUAUUUAGAUUAUUAUUGUAAUAUACAUUUGAAGGUUUCAUAAAAUUUCUUACAUUUUGUUCUCCUAUUUUAUAGGGCUGUGCUACAGUAAAUUAUAAUGUGCCCAUUGCCUAUAUCAAAUAAAAUGCAGCUAAAAAGGAUUUUUCCAACUCCCAAGUAUUUAUUAUGUUUAAUAAUUUACGAAUAAUAUUUUACUGUCUCCGUAUUUAGAUGCAAUAACGCGGUACAUAAUCCUCAGAAUGCCAAGUGUGAACUGUACAAAUUCUAUAACUUGUUGCGCCUCUAGCGGAUGGUUUCGGAAACUUAGUUAUAUAAAUUCGAUAUAAACAUCACGAUGACAGGUCUAAACCAUCUUACUGGGAGGGUUUUUUUUAAUUUACAUACAAUAGGCACUCUGAUUUAAUAGUUGCAAACGUAUUUUUCAUUUAAUAUCAACUUAUUAAUAUUAUUAAGGGAAGGUAUUCCUAAAUCUAUUUUCUUCACAAUAAGACUUGGCUAAAAUAACUAACAAUGACCGCGUGAUAUACAAAGUCUCUACCAUUGAUAUACAAAAUAUACAUGAAUUAUCUUGAUUUUUGUAUUUUACAUGAUUAGAAAAUAUUUUUAAUAUGUCUUUUUAACUUUAAUCGAUAUAACAGUGCGUAAAACAAGCAGCUAAAUUAAAAAGGUUCUUGAAUUCAUUUCAUGUGUGUGUGACCAGAGGGAGACUUUGUACAAAAGUCGAUUGCUUGGGUACCUCUGUGCCAUUCGUGUUUCAACCGUGAAGCAGUUGUGUUUGCAUGGCUGUGUUUCGGUUUGAAUGGUGGGAUAUGGCGUGAAUUUACUGGGUACAGAGGAAUAACACCUGAGUCCUCAGGAAUGGCAACGCAUGGGGGAUAUCAUGGGCGAAACAGUAUACUCUGUUAUGUGCAUGGUACUGCUCAUGUCUAUAGGCGACGGUUACCACUUUCCAUCAGGUGGGCCGUCAGCUUGUUUGCCAUUCUAAGUUGUAUAAAAAAAAAUUAUUGCAUGUUAUUAUCUAAAUAUCUUGUAUAUUUUAUUUUUAAAUUACUUAGUUCUAUAAAAAGACAUACUAAAAAUUGUUUACUAAAUAAAACACCUUAUGGAAAACAUUUGAAAUAAACCCAAUUGAUGGUCCAACUCGCUUCCAUACAUUUUUCUAGUAAAAUUUACAGUAUUCCUUCAAUGAAUUGUAGUAAAGGGUACGUGAUUAAUCGUUAUAGUCGAUAUGUGCAGCUGUAUAUUAGUGUUGAGUGUAUAUUUAAAUUUACAAGCGUCGCUGUUAGUACAUGAUUUGUCAUGCACAUAUCCAAUAUAAGUGAAACCAUGAUACGUAAAUGUUCGUUGUACCUAUCUAUUGAAUGUAACUAGAUAAAUUGCAUUUAUAGUUUAAACAUUUUUUUUUUGUUGGAUGAAAAUGGUAUGGUAACCCCGCCUGCGCUAACGGGGUACGCUGGCGGAGCACCAGUGAAGGGUGAUAGAUGAGAAUGAAAACAGGCCAGUUAGCCCAUCAUGAUGAAUUCAUCAUGAGGAAUUAAUCAUGACAGUUUCCAGGGGGAACCGCGUGGAGGUCGACCUGGUUAGGUAAUAUUACUAGCAAUGGGAUUUUUAGUCUCCAUUACUAACAAUCCCUUACAUGUGCAAUAGUUACAGUUUGUUAUUGAAAAUAAUUGAAAUGUCAAAAUCAUGUUUUUUUUUUUGUGGUUGAUAAAUUAAGCAAGCCAGAUUUGAAACCGUAGUUCUGUGACUUCAAAUUUAGUGCCCUUACCGACUGAGCUACCGCUUUGUUUCCGAAUUUGUUGCGUUAAUUUUAGUUUAUAGGAAAUAUCUUGUAGGCAUGCACUUUGUAUUGGUAAUUCAGGGUCUCCAUUCCUGUUUUUCGUGGCUCGUCAUCGCCCGUCGAUAAUUUUAAAAUGUUUGACGAAUGAAGAGAUGGGCUCUUUUUUGGCAAGAAAAAUUGAGGUAUAUAUACCGCAGUGGACAAUAGAUACUCUGAAUUAGUAUCAUGUCAAGGGUAUACAAAUUUAUUGUUUUACCAUAAACACGGAAUUGCAUAGAUUUCCACUAGGUGUAAUGUGUAAAUGCUGUGCAAGUAUAGGGCCUCACACUAAGUUAAAUAUAUGGGAUAUGUUUAUGAUGUAUUAGAUUGUAACCAUAGUGACUACCGAACACAAUUCAACACCAUUGUUAUUCUGGCAUAAUAUUUUUGUAAAAUAUAUAACUGAUUGUUCUGACGCCUGCCGACGAGUAUUAUUGUGGUUAAGGCACUAGUCUAUAGGUAAAAUUUUUAGGUUAAUGUUGCUCACAUACAGCCAAUAUUAUAAUUUGUGAUUUUUUUUUAUGCAUAAUAAGAUAUUAGUGUUGCCAGCUGACAGACGGUCUCGUGCAGUAAAUACUAUUUAAUGUAAGCGCUGGCAACACGCGUUCCACUGUCAUAAUAUUUACCGAGUUUCUAAUAAUUUUAAUUUAUUGCAUCCGUCGAUUUUUUUCUUUUCUUUUUUGAUUAUUAUUAUAAAUUGUCAGGAUUUAUUUUUCAAUUGUAAAUAAUUUAUGUCUACCAUUAUUAUUAUGACACAUGUUUAUUUGCUAGUAUUUAGGUAAUUAUGUUACUAGAACAUGUUAACUUUGGUUCAGUGUAGAAACAACUUUGAAUCGAAUGUUUAAUUCUUUGAGCGAGCGAGCGAUAAUUCAAAGCUAUACUAUAUUAACAUGAUGAGCUAGUCUUAGCCUAUUGACGAGUCAGUCUUUUAGGUUGAUUGGAUUGGAGAGCUGUUGAACGUAUGAUUUUUACUGUCACCAAGAAUAUGAAACCUGUGUGUUGUUCGCGAAGUAAAGUGCAUCGUAAACAACAAAUUGGUUUCAGUGUAAAAAUACUGUUUACAAUGCAAUGUCUAUAUUCUUCUCGAUUGUCAUCGUUGAAUCGCCAUAAAUAAGGAAAAAUACACUGAGCCAAAGUGUAACUUACAGUGGCGGGCUAACUGCGCUGGGACCCUGGUUUUGGCUGAUUUUCCUCAUAAAUACCUAUGUUUUAUGUAGGUUUGUUUAAGUUUAAUUUAAAUGUGAUUUGCAAGAUUUUAACCCUUCUUUGCAUAAUGGUGGAAAUUUUCAUCAUAACAUUGAAUGCACAAAACUUAUAUAAAAGAACAAGUUCACUUUAAAUUGAUCGUGUCUGGAUACCUUUUUAAUGUCCAUUGCAGAAAAAAAAACAGAGCUGUCAAGUUUACAUUUUUCCUUUAAUUUUGAACAUGAAUUGGUGAUAUGCCUUGAUUUAGUUCACCAAUAAAAAAAAAAAAACAUGCAAAGAAGGGUUAAAUAAAUAAUCAUAAAGACUUAUAGAUACAAAUGUGAACUGAAUAAAAGCUUGUAAAAUUACAUCAAUUUCCUAAACUGGGGGCCUCAUUCAGCUUCACCGCCCGGGUCCCUGAUGUGCUUAGUCCGCCACUGGUAACUUAGAAUUGUUCGUAAACGUCAGGCAUAAUAUAUUAUGUAUACAUUAUAGUUGUUUAGUGUAAGCAGACAGUUGUUUCCCGUCGGGUUAACGUUAUUGUUAGGAUGGCAUAUCUGUAAUAAAUGUGUGUAUAUUGA